AUGCGCACGUUCAUGUUCGUGUCAGGAGGCCCCGACAGCACAUCUGUAGGGGGAACCACGGACUGGGAAUCUACAGCAAGGGGUGGGACAGGCCGCUCCAUAGCGGAGGUUGGCGGUGGGCAAGGCGCACAGCAAGCCGAAUCGGGGGGCAAUCGACAAAGCAACGGUGGCGGCAACGAAGACGGCGGAGGGGACGACGUCAGUGCCAUCACCGGCGCCACGAGUGCUGCGGGCGAGCAGGACGACCACUCCGCGAACACGGCAGACGGGGUAGCUGCGGUGGGCCUAGAAGCGAGGGCGGUGGCUCGAGACGCCGAGCAGCUGCGGCUAGCCCGGGCCAGGAGAGCCGCGAAAGAGGAGAGGCUACAAAUAGAGAAACGGGAGGCGAUUGAGACCGAGAGGAGCGCUCGUCGGCGUGCAAAGGACCGUGCGGAGGCUGCGAGAGCGGAGCGCAAAGCCAAAACACUCGCCCGGAAAGAGCUGCAGCGGAGAAGGGAAGCGCUAGACCAGCAGGAGGAAGACGCCAGGGUGGAGAAGGAAAAGGAGCAAGAAGAACGUCUGCUUGCCGAUGCCGCCGAGAGAAAGCGCCAGGCGAAGCUCCGCCGGGCACGAGAAAGGGAGCAGAGGAAAAGCGUUGACAUGGAGAAAGCCAGGCACGAAGAAGAGAUGGAGAAGAUAGAACGAUGGCGACAGCAAGAGCGAGAGCGAAAACUCGAAACCGCGCAAAGAGAGCAAGAGGCCGAGAGAGUCCUAGAGGCGGCACGGGUUUCCAAGCUGGAGGCAUCAUUGAGAGAGGAAGAGCGCCGACAAGCGGAAGCAGAGGCGAGGAAGCUCUCGCUGAGAGCGGAGAAGGAGGUCGCCAUGGCUAGACUGAAAAGGGGCGAGUUCCGUUACCUGCGCGGAAGGCUUGUCUACCACGAGGCCAAAGGCGGGCUGCUCAUGGCGAUCAACAAUCGCGGCUAGACUCGGAAUUCUUUGCCGCCGACCCUCUUUUCUGGUCGAAGAGCGUGGAUUUGACGCAUGUUUUGGUCCACGUU